AUGCUCUCCAAGUUGGAUAAUGCAUCUGACCCACGGAUACGACAGCUACGCCAGAAAUACGUCAGUCCGUCUGAAGUAGAAGAUGCUAUUCGACGAACCAUUCACGCCCAGCUGGACAAUGCCCCACUUCGUCAAAUCAACACCUCGACUGGGCGUUUGUGCAAUCGAGAUGCGCAGAUCAAAGUAUUCAUGGAGAGUACAGAGUACAAAGAGCUUUUUCAUUCUUUGGUGAUGCAUUCGCCCCUCCAAAGGAAACCCAUUAAAGAAGCGGUCGCAAAGUACUUCAGCUGGGUCAUGUUGUCUCAUAGGUGGGAAAGGAAGGAGCCACUACUGCACGACAUUCAGGACAAGAACAUAUAUGACUUGGAUCCUGUCGGGACCGUGGUGAAGUUGCAGAAGUUCUGCAAAGUCGCUCGCGAUGCAGGGCAUCGUUGGGCAUGGAGCGAUACAUGCUGCAUCGAUCAGAAUAAUAAUAUUGAGGUCCAGCAAUCAGUGAACUCCAUGUUCAUCUGGUAUCACCACUCAGCGCUCACUAUCGUCUACCUGUCGGAUGUGCCUCCUUCGUCACAGUCGGGCGCGCUAGCAAACAGCACUUGGAACACGCGAGGAUGGACCGUUCAGGAGUUCCUUGCUCCAAAAAUUGUUCUCUUCUACCAAGCAGAUUGGACCCCAUAUCUCGACGACCGCUCACGCAACCACAAGCAGUCUGCCGCUAUCAUGAGGGAGUUGGAGCGUUCGACCGGCAUAAAUGCACGGGCGCUCGUCGACUUUCGUCCGGGGACGAGAGAUGCCCGAGAGAAACUCCGAUGGGCGUCGACGCGUGUCACUACAUUGCAGGAAGAUAUCGCGUAUUCGCUGUUUGGGAUAUUUGGCGUCCACCUUCCUGUAAUCUACGGAGAGAAAAGACAGAACGCGCUCGGACGUCUCUUACAGGAGAUUAUAGCCCAUUCGUGCGACAUCGCAGCCUUGGACUGGGUGGGACAAUCGUCCGACUUCAACAGUUGCCUGCCAGCCGAUAUUUCCUCAUACAGGGCUCCGUCCUGUACACUGCCAUUUCUAUCCGAAGACAGGAUGCAGAUGUCAGUCUCCACGCUGCGAAACAACAUUGUGGCUGUGGAGUCAGCUUCGAGACUGUAUACUCUCCUGGAGAAUCUUAGCAUUCCUCGUUUUGCUCAUGGCAGACUUCAAUUGCCUUGCAUCGCAUUUCCUCUCACCGAAGUCAGGCGGAGUGCCGGUGAAGACGGUGACAAAUGUUUCACAUAUGAAGUCAAGGCACACGGGCUACAAGACCUGCAGGUCACAACGGAAGACAGGCUUGUUCAAUUCUCGCCUGCAAGGCGUACUCGGCAGUCAUUCCUGCUCGUCCGUCCGUGGAAUCGGUAUGAUCUCGGGCUGAUUAACUUUGCAGACAAGACGCAGAGCGUACAAGAUUGGCCCGAGCCCGAGUCUCCUGGAUACAACGAGCCGACUACGCGAGAGUUGAGGCUGAUCGUUCGGCUCGGACAGCCUUUUGGCGGACUUUUGCUAGCGCAGCAGUGGGGUGGGGAGUAUAAGAGAAUCGCUUCGGACAACAAAAUCAUCGCGCAAGUGAAGGACAUGACUUCUGUUGAUGACGUGAUGGACGUCAGGAUGUUAGAGAUAUUGUGA